AUGGAUAUAGAUGUCAGCAAGCCAGCAGAGCCGCACAAGCUAUCGUUGACCCAAGAUCCUGGGUCUAUCCCCACGUUGGAUGGGUGGAUUGAGAACUUGAUGAGCUGCAAGCAGCUAUCAGAAGCCGAUGUGUCAAGGCUCUGCGACAGGGCGAGGGAAGUGCUUCAAGAGGAGUCCAACGUACAGCCAGUCAAAUGUCCUGUGACUGUCUGCGGUGAUAUCCACGGCCAAUUCCACGACCUAAUGGAGUUGUUCCGUAUCGGUGGCCCCAAUCCGGACACCAACUACCUCUUCAUGGGUGACUACGUCGACCGUGGCUACUACUCCGUUGAGACUGUCACCCUCCUCGUCGCACUCAAAAUUCGAUACCCUUCCCGUAUUACUAUCCUACGUGGAAACCACGAGUCCCGCCAGAUCACUCAAGUCUAUGGCUUCUACGAUGAGUGCCUGCGGAAAUACGGCAAUGCCAAUGUCUGGAAAUACUUCACAGAUCUCUUCGAUUUCCUUCCAUUGACCGCUCUCAUUGACAACCAGAUCUUCUGCCUUCAUGGUGGUCUCUCUCCAAGUAUCGAUACCCUUGACAACAUCAGAUCUCUCGACAGAAUACAAGAAGUGCCUCACGAAGGACCCAUGUGUGAUCUCCUCUGGUCCGACCCCGAUGAUCGUUGCGGUUGGGGUAUAAGCCCCCGCGGCGCAGGCUAUACCUUCGGCCAAGACAUCUCAGAAGCUUUCAAUCACAACAAUGGCCUGACCUUAGUCGCAAGAGCUCAUCAGUUGGUGAUGGAGGGCUACAAUUGGAGCCAAGAUAGGAAUGUGGUUACCAUUUUCAGUGCCCCCAACUACUGCUACAGAUGUGGCAACCAGGCUGCUAUCAUGGAGAUUGAUGAGCACCUGAAGUACACAUUCCUCCAAUUCGAUCCUUGCCCACGCGCUGGCGAGCCAAUGGUCAGCAGAAGAACGCCCGAUUACUUCUUGUAA